AUGGCCACUCUUCGCACCGUGUUCAUCCUCGCCUUGGUCCUCGUCUCGCUCCCCGCACUCUAUGCCGCGUCCGCGCCACUGCGGGGCGACGUCGCUGCUGGGGGAAGCGCGGGCGAGGACGCGGCGAGUUGGGGGCGCAAGCUGCUGGAAGCGAGCGGCGGUGACCUGGACGUGGGUGGCGAGGAGGAGGAGGUGGGGGAGGCGACGGACGACGGGCUGGACGAGGCGGUGCGGGUGCUGCUGAGCUGGAAGAAGAUCAAGAACGCGGCGAAUCAGGCGGCGAAGAGCGAGGCGGGGCAGAAGGCGGGAGGGUUGGUGAAGAAUGUGGUGAAGAAGGGCGGCAAGGAGGCGCUCACGGCUGCAGUCAACGCGUUCCGCAGCGGCAAGGGCGCCAAGGGUGCCCUGCAGGCGGGCGCUGGCUCGUUCCAUGUUCUUUCCCCAAUACAUCCCUCUCAUGCCGUACUUGCCCUCACACCCUCUCUUCCCUCCCCCACAGCCCCUGCCAGUGAGCCACUGGAGGGGGGUAUUUCUCCCUGUGAUAUUCCAUGUCACCCCUUUGCAUCCCUGCGUCUGUCCUUGCCCUUCCACACCCAAGCAGCCCCUGCCAGUGAUGGUCGGGUUCCUGCAGGGCAACCCAGUGAGCCACUGGAGUGGGGGAGUAAACUUGUCAUAGCAACCCUCACCGCUUUGCACCCCUGCAUCCAUCCGUGCCCUUCUCUUCCCUCCUGCACAGCCCCUGCCAGUGAUGGUCGGGUUCCUGCAGGGCAACCCGAUGAGCCACUGGAGCGGGGGAGUCAACCUGUGCGCACAGUUCAACAAUCAUGCGCUUGUGUCUUUCACUGUGGAAGCCCCAUUCACCGCUCUGCACCCUACAUCUGUCCUCGCCUCCCCACCUUCCCAACAGCCGCUGCCAGUUAG